AUGUAUGGUCCUCCAUACCAAGUGGCCGACAGGAUGCAGACAGCGGUAUUGAGUCAGAUAGCCGGGGGUGUGAGUUACACUUCUACUGAGAUAUGUGCCGUCAGAGGAUCAACAGUUGAAAUUAACUGUACCUACACAUACCCAUCCAGCUCUGGGGACAGCGGGGUCUACUCCUGCAAGUCUGAGAAUCAGUACGGAUUCACCUCCACGUCUCUACACUUAGACGUCCACUACGCUCCAAAGCCUCCUUCUGUGUCAGUGAGUCCCUCUGGUGAGAUCAUGGAGGGCAGCUCAGUGACUCUGACCUGCAGCAGUGAUGCUAACCCAGCAGCUCACUACACCUGGUACAAGGAGGACGAGGACUCACCAACAGCAUCAGGACAAAUCUUCACCAUCACUGAUAUCACAGCUGAACAUGGUGGAAAGUAUCAGUGUGAGGCCCAGAACACACACGGACGUAGUAACACCACCUUACAUCUGACUGUUGGAGCAGGGAAGUCAGUGAUAAUCAUGAAUAUCAUCAGGCUGACUCUGGUGGUCGUGCUGGUUCCAGUGCUGGUCUGGACUCUGUGGACGAGGAUGAAGAAAACUCUGAGCUUGAAAUCAGAAGUGAAUGAAGCUGUGGAGAUGAUAGAGGUUUCAUGA